CAAAAGGUGACGAUUGGGGGCGCUGUUCUUGAAAACUGCACGCGGCCCACUACUCUGGAGGACGACAAACAACCGCGGAAAAGGGAAGUGACACGAAAGGAUAAUCCAGAGCUGACAUCAUGAGCCGAAACUCUACACCGAAUUCAAACUUCCCACGGACCCACCCAUUGCCAUCACGGGUGCUGCCAAAUUAUCAAAGACAGUUAGCACCAACACCUCGACAGUUUUAUCCGUACCAGACAACCCCUCUACAGAAUGGAGCGGCACUGUCAGAAUUAUUUCUUAUUGACAAAGGAAGAAGGAGUAUAACAAUAUCCGGGGCAGGCCAUGGAGUGAUGCACCAACCCCAACAGGCACAACCGAGGACCUCACCCUACCCUGAAACACACCCAAAGACUCCUGGUGCUUAUGAUCUACUCGUUAAGGUCCUCGGUGGUAAUGACAAAUCAAAGAUCCAAACUAGCACCUCAGCGACCCAGUCUACGACUCUGAGCACCUCACAGAGUAGAGUACCGGCAACCGCCACAUCGACGACACAGUCAAGAGACAUACCUGGUGGAAGUGUGCGUUUACGCAUUCCACAGCCACAAAGGAGACCAGUCUCUGCAGACUUCCAUACUGAUCGCAGACGGGUUGUGCUGAAUAGGAACUACAUCGAACAACCCACUGGGGGAAACUCAAAGACACGGACUCCUACUCACACAUAUUUCGAAGAUCAACCCACUGGAAAAUCAGUGACACCGACUCCAACUCACACAUAUUUUGACAAAAAUAGAAGCAGAUCUGCACCCUCCACCACUUCACUCAGUUCUGGCUCGUCGAAGGAUUUAACAGAUACACCUAAAAGCUCACGAGACCAUUCCGAUUCCAGUGGGAAAAGUCGGAAACGAAGUCAUGAUGAUGAUGUUGUGUCGUCUCCAAAGCCAGAUACUUCAAAUCCCACUGGUAAAGUAUUAGACAGGCUGUCUCAAGCUGUGUGGCAAAACUGUGGCAAUGCUAAACAAAGUAGGCAGCAGCUUUACACGAAGGAAAACCUCAGGAGAUCUAUAGAGACCAUCAUACAAGAAAAAUUCCCAGGAUCAAUGUUGUUUCUUGUUGGGUCUACACUGAAUGGUUUUGCGACUAACCACAGUGACACUGAUUUGUGUCUUAUGAUCACUAUGAAAGAAGUGAACCAGAAGAACCAUGCAUUGUACUUGCUCAACAUUCUACAUAAUCUGCUUCUAAAACGAUGCAAUCUGAUUCGAAAAGCUCAGGUGAUACGUGCUAAGGUGCCCAUCUUGAAGUUUAGUUGCUCCAGUGCCUACAGUGGCCUUGAGUGUGAUAUUAACAUCAACAAUGCAACGGGAAUCAGAAAUACCCACCUCUUACAGACAUACUCCAAACUCGAUUGGAGAGUUACUCCAUUGAUAAUCCUCAUCAAGCAGUGGGCAUCUGCUCAAGGCAUUAAUGAUGCAAGUCAAGGAACACUGUCGAGUUAUUCACUGGUACUCAUGGUUCUCAACUACCUGCAAGUGAAGUGUAAACCGUGUGUUAUCCCUUCUCUGCAUAAGCUGUACCCAGACACCUUUAAUUCCACGUCAGACGUACGUUUCGUCUAUGACGUACACCCCAGUAACCCACUGCCGAGCUUCAUCACCUUCAAGUCCAAGAACACCCAGACGUUGUGGGAGCUCCUCCAAGGGUUCUUUGAUUACUAUGUGUUGGAGUUUAACUUCCACUCUACGGUAGUCUCUGUACGGCAUGGCACGGUCUACAAGCUGGCCGAUGCGCCGUAUAAGACAAUAGAUUGGAUCAACAAGUUUAUCUACAUUGAAGAGCCAUUCGAUGGGAAUAACACUGCCCGAGCUGUGUUCAACGACGGCAAAUUCUGUCACAUCAUGCAGCAAUUCGGAAAGACACAACGGAAAUUAAAAGCAGCCAGAGGUGAUUCAUGCAAUCCAGAGGCACUCCUCGACCUUCGAUUUGAGAAAUCCCCCCGUGAUGAGGCACCGUUGAAGAAGAAGAAAAGAUGAAGAUGACGCAGCUUUCUGUCGGGGGGAGAGUAGAAGAGAAGCUUUGUGUCGAUAUCUCAGGAACAUUGUGCCGCAUUGAAUCAUCAUUGCUUCCUGAUAAGUUUCAUACAGCGCCAAAAUGAAUUGGCUAGGGAUCAAAGAUGGCCGAGAAUAUUAAUUUAUUUUUUGCAGACAUCAUGAUUUGAUUGAUGUGAACUGUCCUUCUGGAGAACCGCAAAUUUUACUGAAAUCACACUUUUAUGACUGAUUCUUUUUACCUGAAUCAUGUGCUUGACCUAAAACAACUGACAAGUAAAGUAUGCAAAGGCCGGCGUUACUCUCUUUGGACUCGGAGCCCAAAUCUCUAAUCUAGGAUCUUUCUACUCAGGAAAAUAGGACUUGCCCCUCAAGAGUGAAAUGGACCAGUCCAUUAAGUUGUGUACUUGACCAAUCACAGCUGUGAUUCGUACAACCAGAUGCCUGACCCAAAAUUCCAACAUGAUAAAAUGAUACAAACAAUGUCAAAACGCUCUGUAAUUGUUAGGUGUGUAUCCUGUCACACUUUUUUCUCAAAGAAAUAACACGUUGCAUUCGUGUCCAACACUUUACAACGGUCAAGUGGUCGAGUUUUGUUUGCUGUUACCUACAAUGUUGUUACUAGGUAGUUCCUCUGGUGCGUGGUGGUGGGGGGGGGGGGAGGUAAUAAAUUUGCCUUAUUCAUGCCAGAUUUAAUAUAACUUUGACUAGAUUCAGCACUGUGGCCGAUUUCAUAGUGUUGCUUAAUGGUAAAUUCAACAUUUCUUGCUUACUAUAGCAGAAAAGUUUGCUUAAGCAUAAGCGUAUUUAACAGGUGAGCAAGAAAAUUAGGCAGUUAUUUUUCGCAUUCACCAUGGGUUUACCUUAUUCAUUUUCACACAGUAAGCAUCGGAAGAUAAGUAUGCUUUUGUGUGUGCUUACGGUUAGCAGUGUUCUGAAAUGGAAACUCAAGGACUAACUCAUCCGUUGAGCAGCUAUAUGGAAUUGGGCUCUGUUGUGGUUAUCCAUAAGUCCACUCUUUGCACAGAUUUCUGUGCUACAUUUGUUGUUGCUUAGCAGUUUUGGUGGUGGUGGGUGGGGGAUAAUGAAUUGGGUUAUUCCAGGCCAGAAUUGAUAUAACUUGAGCUUGAAGUAUCCAGUGGCGGGGUGUAUUUGGCACAUCUUUGGCCACAGCAUUCCGGAAUGGACACAAAUCCUAAGAUAUCUGGGAAAUGAUUCAUGCCUAUGUCGUUUCUCAGAUUCAAAUAUUUUCGGGUGAAAAAUAUCCAAACCAUCUGACUUCUAGGGGAAUUCUUUCUCAAAAUAGUUUACAAUUUACGAUAUCAACAGCUGCAUUGCUUUUCACCAAGUAAGUUUGUAUGGUCAUUAAUUUUUUGGGGUAGAUCUUUAAGAACCCUACCCUAAUAAGCAAGGGAUUUUGAUUCCAUAUAGAGAUUGAAAAAAGAACGUUUUACAACGUUUGCUUCUAUAUUUUUAUUUGCUAUGAAAGAAAAUAGAACAAAA